AUGACACAACCCCCCCACCGCGCACCCCCCAAACGCACCGUCCCCAAGAUCGUAGCCCCCAAACCCCCCGCGGCCCCAUCUACCAAGCAACCCGCAAAGCCGAAGAAAGAAAAGCGAUACCCCUUCGACUCGCACCAAGACGACAUCGUAGUUAACACCACUGAACUCGACACCGCUCCGGGCUAUAGAAGAGGUAUAGUGGACUAUCGGCAUAAACUCACGCUGAAGAAGACGUAUGCGCAUAUCACGACGGACUAUGCUGAGGACAUGAAGAUGACGAUUCCGAAGGAUGCGGUUACACCGCUUGGGUCUUCACCACUGAUCGAUGAAGAUGGCGACGAGGAUGGAGACGAGGAUGAGAAGGAUGACGAGAAGAACAGCGCCAACGCCAACAGCCCCAAGUCCAAGCGCGACGAACGUACCUACGUACCCGAAGUCAGCGACACAAUCAUCGACUACACCAAGCUGCCCAAACCACGCUGCAACCGCCCUAACUACGUGGAAUACAUCUACCGCGCUACCACCACCAAUCCCGCUGUCUUCCUCGCUAUCCUACGUGUCGCAGAGAGGAAUCUACCUUUUAUAAAUUUCGACUCGGCGGUUACGCAUUUACCUAAUUUAUUGGCGAAUGCGAGGCUUCCUGGUAUACCAAGCCUCUCAGCUCUGUCGCCCGAGUCAUCUGAAGCUUUGGAGGCGUCCAAAUCGGAAAACCAGCCGGGGAAAAAGAAAGUCAACCACCCCGCUUUCACAGAAGACACACCCCACGAGAAGAAAGAGACAGAUAUAGCGAUGACGAUACUCUUCCUACCGAACCUAUACGAAGACGGGCGCCACGCAAUCGGAUAUUACGCCCUCGCCCCGGAAGCAGACCCAGACACUAAACAACUCAACCCCGAAGACGUUGUGCAAAUCCUCUUUACGCCGUGUGAUAUAUCUGAUUUAGUGGAGGCGAAGUUGUUGGAGUGGACGCCUAUUGAUCCUGAUAUGAAAGCACGGGCUGAUGAGAAGAAGGGUGAUGACAAGAAAGGCGACGGGGUGGGAGGUGGGGAUGGUACGGGGGCUGGGGAGGGGAAGGAAGCGGAUGGUGGAGGUGGAGAUGGAGACGAAGAAGAAGAAUUGACUGUCGAGUACAUAGAACAUGUGGCUGCGAGGGGAGGAGAGUGGUUGGAGAGGGAUGUAGUGGGGGAUUGGGAAGAGUGGUGUAGGAGUUUUAGGGUUGCGAGGAGGGUUUGGGAGAAGGUGCUUAAGGGGGUUGUGGAGGUCAGGGAAGUGGAGGAUGUGAAGGAGGAGAUCGAGAUGAAGGAAGAGACUGAGGUGAAGGAGGAGGCUGGGGCGUGA